UUUGGGAAAAAGCAUCCAUCUUAAUAAUAGUGCCCCCGUAUAGUAGCAUUAUAUGAAAAAAAAAAGAAAGAAAGAAUGAGUUUCUGGACAUCCCUGUCUCUUGUUUCAACUCUUUCAUCAUUCUCUCUCUCAUUCACCCUAUAAAUCUCUCACACACACACUUCCACUACUGGCAUCAGUUGUACGGCACAACUUGGUUCUCUACUUCUCUUUCUCCUUCUCUCUUUCUCUACCUUUAACUAUCUUUGUCCCUAUGGACAUGGACAUGGAUGGCAUCCCAGACAGCCUCGAUUUCUCCGAACGCAGCACCACCACACCCACGUCCGAUGAGGACUGCAACUGGGAUCAUCUGUCCCCACUCGUCAACUGGGAGUCCUUCACCACCGACAACGACGACUUUCACAGCCUCGUCGGUUCCAUCGUCGACGAUGCGCGCGCCGCUGCCAUCUUGAGCCAAGACCACGGCUACCUUGAGGAAGCCUCAAGCGCCGAUGACGGCAGCGUCUCAGCAACAGAGGACAAAAGAGGCGGCGGCGAAGAUCCCAAGGACUUGCGGCUGGUCCACCUCCUGAUAGCGGCGGCGGAGGCACUCGCCAGCACCACCAAGAGCCGCGACCUGGCUCGAGUGAUAUUGGUUCGGCUCAAGGAGUUAGUGUCCUCCACCCAAGGCAGCACCAUGGAGAGGCUCGCGGCGCACUUUACGGACGCCCUCCAGACUCUGCUAGAAGGCGCCUGUGGGGGUGCGCAUAGCGCCACAAAGCACCAUCCUAUUCAAAGUGGGGACCACCAGCAAACAGACACAAUAACGGCCUUCCAACUUCUCCAGGACAUGUCCCCUUACAUUAAGUUUGCUCACUUCACAGCUAACCAGGCCAUCCUCGAGGCCGUAGCCCAGGAGAGGAGGGUUCACGUCGUUGAUUAUGAUGUCGCAGAAGGGGCCCAAUGGGCCUCCCUAAUGCAGGCCUUUGUGUCCCGUAAGGAAGGCUCACCGGGCCCUCACUUAAGGAUCACCGCAUUAUCACGGGGUGGAAACAGCGGACGGAGAUCCAUCGCCACCGUUCAAGAAACCGGUCGGCGAUUAGUUGCGUUCGCGGUGUCCCUUGGGCAACCGUUUUCUUUUCAUCACUGUAGGUUAGACCCUGACGAAACCUUUCGACCUUCUUCUCUGAAACUUGUUCGUGGAGAGGCUUUGGUUUUCAACUGCAUGCUGCACCUACCGCACCUCAGUUAUCGGGCCCCGCACUCUGUCACUUCGUUCUUCAACGGUGCGAAGGCGUUGGGUCCGAAGCUAGUGACGGUGGUGGAAGAAGAGGUGGGGUCCGUUGGAGGGGAAACGGGCUUUGUAGGGAGGUUCAUGGAGUCUUUGCAGCACUACUCGGCAGUGUACGAUUCGCUGGAGGCGGGGUUUCCGAUGCAGAGUCGGCCCCGGGCUCUGGUGGAAAGGGUUUUCUUGGGCCCGAGAAUAGCGGGGUCGUUGGGGCGGCUAUACUGGAGGGGUGGGGAUGAAGAGAGAGGAUCGUGGGGGGAGUGGUUGAGUGCGGCCGGGUUCACCGGAGUUCCUAUAAGCUUUUUUAAUCAUUGCCAAGCUAAGCUGUUGGUUAGUCUAUUUAACGACGGGUAUAGAGUGGAGGAAUUUAGUAACAAUAAAUUGGUGUUGGGUUGGAAAUCAAGGCGUUUGCUUUCAGCAUCUAUUUGGAAUUAUUCUAUUUCAGAACCUUAAUUAUUUUAGCUUUUAAUAACUCUAAAAUAAAAAAAGUGAGAAUAGAAAUAAAGUUAAAAAGAUCUGAUCUUCUGCUUCAAAAUUCAUCCUACAAGAACACUUCUUAAACAAGUGCUCUUGUUGGGAUUUUGCUGUCAUGUGGAAAAGAAUUCUGGCAACUAGUUUUCUUUCCUUUUGUUUAUCCAUGAUCAUUCAUGUUUUAAAGUCUUCUUCUCAAUUCAAUGUUUAGUUUGUUUA